AAACUGGAUCUCUAAUCAGUUCCUUGCUAUUCGUAACUAAUUAUUAGCUAUCAACCCCUCGCGGGGCACAUCACCCCACGCUAUCCGAUAGAUCGCUCUCACUUUACCACCACCAACUUUUAUUUUCGAGGAAACUUCCUUUCUAUGUGACUCUCUUGACUGCAGUAUAUCCUCCGUUCCCAUCGGCACCCCCAGUCUCUCAGAAUGCCCUCCUCCGAGUGCCAUCUCCCGAAUGGCCAGACCUUCACCGUCACGCCAGUCUUCGGCGGGGUCAACUUCAGGUCGCAUGAGAUGAACCUGCACCACUCGGCCUUUCCUCCCGGCUGGACGGUGAUUCUGCAGACGAACAAGUCGAAAGAAGAGGGGGGAGCAAGAGCAGGAGUUGUCGAGGAGAAAUCGAACCGCUUCACGCAGCCGACGUUGAACGACGACUCGCUGUACAUCUCGUAUAUCGUGAGCCCGCCGAGCAGCGACUUUCGCCCGCCGCACUCGCCCAGCCGGCAGAUCGCCGUCAUGCUCUGGGCCACGCUGUGGUGGUACUUCCACGAGCCGGAGCCCGACCUGCAUCUCAGCAACGAGCAGUGCGCCCUGACGCCGCCCAGCGGCCGGCCCCAGGGCGCCUGGCGGGUCAAGAUCCGCCGCGAGGGCAUCUUCCAGGGACGCAACCUGCUGCAGAAGCUCGUGCGAAUGGGCCUCAUCGCCAACGAGGACUCGUCCGUGGGUCUCGACCCGUUCGAGUCCCGCAACGCCUCCUCCUCCUCCUCCUCCUCCAGCGGGGAGAACCUCUUCGUCAGCCGCCGCGCCUUCUGGCAGCUCGACCCGCGCAUCUUCCUCUUCACCCUCUCGCCCAAGGGUGUCUCCCCCUUAUCGCCCGCUGCUCUCUCGCCAUUUCCCUCGCGCGGCGGUUCCCCAACGCCAGACGAUGCCGCCAGCGGUGGCGGCACAUCAACCGCCACCAUCACCACCAGCAAUACACCCACCCUCAUCACCGUUCCUGUCGCGGCGUCGAACCCCUUCUUCUCUGCCUCGCAUCUGCCUACCUAUUUCCCCCCGCCGCCAACACAAUACACCUUCACCAACGGCAUCCGCCACCCUCUCCGCCCUAAACCGCCUCACCAGGGCGAGGUGUUUUAUACCCGCUACAUCCCCAGCGUGAACCAGUACCUGUCCUUUCGGGUUCCGUACCUGCCAAAGCACGGCAGAAAUUCCGCCAGUGCUAGUAGUAAUCUUAAUACCUCUUCCUCCCCCCCCCCCUCCUCCUCUGCCUCCUCCGACCUGGAGAUCCUCCACCGGUGGAUGAACGAUCCCCGCGUCUCAGCCGCGUGGGGCGUCCAGGGCCCGCUCCAGACCCAGGAAACGUUUCUGCGCGAUAAUCUCUCCUCCAAACACAGCUUCCCCGUCUUCGGCUGCUGGGACGGGAAACCCUUUGGCUAUUUCGAGAUCUACUGGGUCAAAGAGGAUCCCCUCGGUUCCCUCCUGAGCGGCAAUUCAACCUCCCCGGUCGACAACUACGAUCGUGGCAUCCACUUGCUCGUCGGCGAGCAGGAAUUUCGUGGGCCGCAUAGAGUCGCCAUCUGGUUAUCUGCUCUCGUCCAUUACUGCUGGCUCGCUGAUCUGAGGACCCAGACCGUCAUGCUUGAACCGCGUGUAGACAAUGCAAAAGUCAUCAACUAUCUCACUCAAAGUGGCUUCUACAAAGAAGGGGAGGUCAGCUUCCCCCAUAAACAGUCGGCCGUCAUGAAGAUCAAACGCGAGUACUGGGAAUCCCCGGCCUUAUGAAUAUUAAUACUGGCUUUAUAUUAUCUCAUACAAUUACUUGAGUACGGCAAAGUAAACUACUAGAGGUAAAAUAUUUAAAAAUCAUCAUCAUAGUACAACGCCAUCUACCAUACAUACAUCCCAUCGUACCUGAUCCAGGGAAAUGGCCAUCAAAAAUCAAAAGAUAAAAUAAAAUCAAAAAUCAAAACGCAGGGUAGGGGAAAUUAACGCCGUCCAUGCAGAGGGAGUGUUAGGAAAUGCAUUAGAGCACGUGGGGUGGGUGGGUGUAUUAUCAGAGAGAGACGAGGUGUGGGCAACCGGCAUCAAGAAGACGCGCAAUGAUGCAACACCCUUAUUAAAGUUGUAGUAGUUUAAAGUUGUAGUAAACGAUUGAGACCAGCUCAAGCGUGUGGGCGGCCAAUCCGCCCGCCCAUGUAUGA